GUGGGGAAAAACUCCCUUUCCGCCUCAUCCCACUUUCCGCAAAAACGUGGAGCACCACUUAGUUACCGUUGCUCGUUUCUCCUUUUGUGUUACUUUUUGCGCCAGAAUUCCUGAUCUAAAUAGAGAAAUCAGAAGGCUUUACGGUCUUUCCGAUCCUCCUGGUAACGACCGACUAUAAUUGACUUUGGUCUGGACUGGGCAUUUACAACAUGGCUUCUGAAUCUCGGUUAUAUGCGUUCUCUCCGGAGACGAAGGAGAAAUUGCGCAAGUUCCGUCUGGGAACUUCUAGAGCAAAGGAUCCUCAGGCUAUAAUAUAUAUCAUCGACCAAAAGAAUCAAGAGAUUCGUCCUGAAGAUGGCGAAGUGUACACAAAGAUGGAAGACCUGGCCGAUGAGCUCCCUGACUCAUCACCCCGUUUCAUCCUCCUGAGUUAUCCUUUGACGCUGAAAUCCGGUCGCCUUUCGGUUCCUUACGUCCUUCUGUACUGGCUUCCAGAGAACUGCAACCCAAACUCGCGAAUGAUGUACGCUGGUGCCGUCGAAUUGAUGCGUAACACCGCAGAAGUCAAUCGUGUGAUUGAAGUUGAGGAAGACGAUGACAUUAUCUCCAUCGAAUCGAAACUGCAGAGUGAGGACUGAGCCCAAACGUUCAUUCUGGGUAGAUGGUUUUAUUUGUUAAACUACUUCAUGAUAUUGGCGCUUCUACUUACGGCCGGCGUUAUGCACUUGACAUUAUUUACUCUUUAAUAUAUUCGAGAUGGAUGACGGCGAUGUUUGGUUUGGUAAAGCGAUACAUAUACUUUCAACCGAAACCUGGAAUCUUUUAUGCGGAUGAGAAUCUACUACCAGGUAAUGCACUCUGGCGUUCUUGAAAAAUAUAUCGUGAUGUUAGCAGGCUCAGGGUCGUGCCAUGUCCCCGGCUUCGUGAGGUCAAGCUGACAGGGCACGGUAAGAUUCCAUCCAU